GUCUAGCUGGCUGGCGUGUCCUAGCUGAGCAAGCGCAGCCGAACCCAACCCACAGCUCUUCAGGCGGGAAGGCUCCCCCCCGACUCUGUAACCCCCAGCCGCACCCCGCUCGGCCCGCGGGCAUCUGCUGCGUGUCCCACCCGGGGCGCCCGCGCAGCCUCGAUGUUCCAGCUGCCAAUUUUGAAUUUCAGCCCCCAGCAAGUAGCCGGGGUAUGUGAGACCCUGGAGGAAAGCGGCGACGUGGAGCGCCUAGGUCGCUUCCUAUGGUCGCUGCCCGUGGCCCCGGCAGCUUGUGAAGCCCUUAACAAGAAUGAGUCGGUGCUGCGAGCGAGAGCCAUCGUGGCCUUCCACGGUGGCAACUACCGCGAGCUUUACCAUAUUCUGGAAAAUCAUAAGUUUACUAAGGAAUCGCACGCCAAGCUGCAGGCGCUGUGGCUCGAAGCGCAUUACCAGGAGGCAGAGAAGCUGCGUGGACGGCCUCUAGGGCCAGUAGACAAGUACCGGGUAAGGAAGAAGUUCCCGCUGCCGCGGACCAUUUGGGAUGGCGAACAGAAGACUCACUGCUUCAAGGAGCGCACGCGGCACCUGCUUCGAGAGUGGUACCUUCAGGACCCAUAUCCCAACCCCAGCAAAAAGCGAGAGCUCGCCCAGGCAACCGGACUGACCCCCACGCAGGUGGGCAACUGGUUCAAAAACCGCAGACAAAGAGACCGGGCAGCAGCAGCCAAAAACAGACUCCAGCAGCAGGUUCUGUCGCAGGGGCCCGGGCGGGUGCUACGCUCGGAGGGUGAGGGAACGCCUGAGGUGUUGGGCGUCGCCUCCAGCCCGGCUGCCAGUCUGUCGAGCAAGGCGGCCACUUCGGCCAUCUCCAUCACAUCCAGCGACAGCGAGUGCGACAUCUGAGCUGCCCACUCAUCACACUUAGAAUCCAGUGUAAAAAUGAGAUACACAAAAUUAAAAAAAAAAAAAAAAAAAAAAAAAAAAAGAGGACGGGACCAGCGAAUACGGUGCUGGCAGAAGCCCCGUGGCCAGGGACCCGCGGGCCUAAAGGCUCUUGUAGAGUUUCCAACGCGACUCUGGAACAUGCGGUGAGGCCUGACCCAACGCCACUUCUCUUCACAUUGCUUUUCCUGAAGGAUCUGGCUGUAAAGACUCCGUUGGAACAGAACUGCACGCUGAGAGCCUGCCCUUGAGUCUCCUGUGGGUAUUUCGCGUCGAAAGGACGCUGUUAUAUAUAUGUAUAACUUUUGCUUUGAAGGUUUCUUUUUUAAAAAACAAAACAAAACAAAACAUAUAUAUGCUGUUUAUUUACUUAUUUAAAAGACUUCCAUGAUAGGUUUCUCUGUAGUUUGGGGAACUUGCUGUUCUAAAUGAGCAAGCUCACGCGUUCUGUGUGAAGAAGCCAAAUAAUAAAACAACUUGGUGGAUAACCUUUCUUAA